GCGGACACGUGAUGACCGCACUGGUCACGUGACACGCCGCUCGGCCAGCCGGCCAAGAUGGCGGUGUGCAUCGCGGUGAUCGCCAAGGAGAAUUACCCUCUCUACAUCCGCAGCACUCCCAUGGAGAAUGAGCUGAAGUUCCACUACAUGGUGCACACGUCCCUUGACGUGGUGGACGAGAAGAUCUCUGCCAUGGGGAAGGCCCUGGUGGACCAGCGGGAGCUGUACCUGGGUCUGCUCUACCCAACAGAGGACUAUAAGGUAUACGGCUACGUGACCAACUCCAAGGUGAAGUUUGUCAUGGUGGUGGACUCCUCAAACACAGCCCUUCGAGACAACGAAAUACGCAGUAUGUUCCGGAAGCUGCAUAACUCCUACACAGAUGUGAUGUGUAACCCCUUCUACAACCCUGGAGACCCCAUCCAGUCCAGGGCCUUUGACAGCAUGGUAACGUCGAUGAUGAUCCAGGUGUGCUGAGAGGUUCCUGCUGCCUGCGCCCUGACCGAGAGAGGCGUUGUUUGCAUAGCGGCUCAGAGAGUCUAUUUAUUGUCAUUCAUUUUCCUGUGUGUAAGGGAGCUGCUGGCUGGGUGGGGGGUGCAUGUGCCUUGCCACUAAAACUUGGGAGAUGA